AUGGGUGAAGCAGUGGUGGGCUUGAUCGGCAUGGGCGACAUGGGAAAGAUGUACGCUCGCCGGCUCAGUGAGGCCGGAUGGAGAGUACACGCCUGUGACCUUCCAGACAAGUAUGAUUUGUUGGUUGAAGAAUUCAAGGACAGCGAAAACGUAACGGUUUUCAAGAACGGCCACCACGUCUCGCGUAGCAGUGACUAUAUCAUCUACUCUGUUGAAGCAAAGAACAUUGAUGCUGUCGUCGCCGCCUAUGGUCCAUCUACCAAGAUGGGCGCCAUCGUUGGCGGCCAGACCUCCUGCAAGGCUCCAGAGAUGGCAGCUUUCGAGAAACACCUUCCCUCCGAUGUCGAGAUUGUCUCUUGUCACUCCCUGCACGGUCCCGGCGUGAAUCCCAAAGGCCAACCUCUGGUUCUGAUCCAACACCGUGCCUCAGAUGCCAGCUACAAUCUCGUGUCAAAGAUCCUAUCUUGCUUUGAGAGCAAGCACGUCAAACUCACAGCCGAAGCCCACGACAGAAUCACUGCAGACACACAAGCCGUCACUCAUGCCGCAUUCCUAUCCAUGGGUACCGCAUGGGCAGCCAACAACCAGUUCCCCUGGGAAAUGCCACGCUACGUCGGCGGCAUCGAAAACGUAAAGAUCAACAUCACCCUCCGCAUCUACGCCAACAAAUGGCACGUUUACGCUGGGCUAGCAAUCCUCAACCCAGCUGCCAAACGCCAGAUCAAGCAAUACGCUGAAUCCGUAACCGACUUGUUCAAACUGAUGCUAGGAGGCCAUAAGCAAGAGUUGAGAGAGCGCAUCGAAUGUGCCCGUAAAGCUGUGUUUGGCAAUGCAGACGGCAGCAAGGGACAUGAAUUGUUGUUGCAAGACGAGCUGCUGGAUCAGUUCAGUCUGGGAGAGAAACCUGCUGCCAGCGAGCGUCUCAAGAACAACCACUUGAGUCUUCUGGCAAUGGUGGAUUGUUGGUGGAAGCUGGGUAUUGUGCCUUAUGACCAUAUGAUUUGCUCGACACCACUCUUCCGUCUUUGGCUCGGUAUCACAGAAUACCUCUUCCGCAAUGAAGAGUUGUUGGAAGAAGUCAUCGAUACCGCAAUCAACGACAACACCUUCCGUCACGAUGAUCUCGAAUUCACGUUCGCUGCUAGAGACUGGUCCGAACGUGUCUCGUUUGGUAACAUGGACGGCUACCGCAGCAAAUUCGAAAAGAUUCAGUCUUACUUUGCUCCUCGCUUCCCUGAAGCUACUCGUGUAGGCAACGAGAUGAUCAAGACUAUCGAGGAGAGUCUUAAACAGAGAAAGGGCAAUCAGGGCAACUGA